CUGCUGUCCUCUUGAGGUAAAUAAACCGAAUGAGGAAAACUCACGUUUCUGUAAUCCAUUAGUUCACGACAGAAAAACGAGCUGAACAACUAUACUGAGAGAAGAAACAUUUUUUCAUCCUGGAGUUCGACAAUGGCUGAGUCUAUGUGCUCGAGUAUGCCGAACUGUGGAGUAUCAAGUCGCCAUGAGAAAAGUUUGGGGCUCCUCACUAUCAAGUUCGUGACUCUACUCCAAGAGGCUAAGGACGGCGUACUUGACCUGAAAGUGGCUGCAGACAGCUUGGCGGUGAGACAGAAGCGGCGUAUCUACGACAUCACCAACGUUCUGGAAGGCGUUGGGCUGAUCGAGAAGAAAACCAAGAAUAUUAUACAGUGGAGAGGAGAGAACCUGGGCUGCCAAACGGCUGAGGUGCUCCAGCAGGUGGAAGUGUUGAAGGCUCAGCUCUGUCAACUGGAGGAGCAGGAAAAAGAGCUGGACAGCCAGAAAGCCUGGCUGGAGCAGAGCAUCAAACACAUAAAUGACGACCUCAUCACUAGUAGAUACAGGUACGUGACCCACGACGAAGUCUGCGACGCGUUCACUGGAAACACACUCCUGGCUGUGGUGGCCCCCUCGGGAACGCAGCUGGAGGUGCCGGUCCCCGAGACGGGUCGGAGUGGCCAGAAGAGGUACCAGGUGAACCUGAGGAGCACGUCGGCUCCCAUCCGGGUGAUGCUCAUUAACAAAGACUCUGGGACCUCCAGGCCCGUGGUCUUCUGCGUGCCUCCCCCCGAGGACAUGUCCUCCAUGCCCACGCCGCCCACUACCCCCGCUGGUAUGCAGAGGUUCCCGCUCGCCUCCGUCUCUGCCCGGCCCCCCGGCCCGGCGGCACACGACGCCUCUGGCCAGAAGGUGGCGCCACUGCACCAGUGUGACGAGGACCUGACCCCAUCCUCCACCCCUCCGGACAUACACAUGGAAUGUCACCCCCAGUUGACAACGCAGCAGUCGUUGAUCGGCACGAUCCAGCAACCGCCGGGGAUUCUGGGAGGACACUUAGGGCAGGACCUCCAGUCCAUGCUGGACAUGGGCAGCCUGUUGAAACUUACCAACGCAGGAGACCAGAUGAAGGAAGAGAAAGAGGGUGUGGCCGAUCUAAUUGACGAGCUGAUGUCCUCUGAUGUGUUCCCUCUGCUGCGUCUGUCUCCGAAUGCUGGGGUGGACUACAACUUCAACCUGGACGACAACGAGGGGGUUUGCGAUCUGUUUGACGUCCAGAUCCUCAACUACUGAGGCAUGUGGGGGUCUCAUGUCUCCACCACCGGGGUGUUACUUCACUUUCCCCAUGAUGUAAUGUUUUAUUUUCUAUUAUUUGGGUUUUGUUCUGUUAUUUGUGCACUGCCUAUUUUGAAGCCAAUCGUUGCACUGUUAAUGAUCAGUUUGGGAUCAAAGGGGUGUUUCCAGCCCCUUAGAGAUCACAUACCUAUUAUGCCCGACUGUCAGUCAUCUCAAUUUAAAUGGGCAUACAAACCGCAGUGCGGGUAUUUUCUUCUAGUUUGGUAUGGAAGUACUGUGUCCGGUGAAAGGAGAACCGGGCUACAUUCUCUGGACAGAUGGGAGUUGGCCCUGUGCCUGUUCAGACGUCCAUCCUUGUGUUUUUCCCUACCUCCUAUGGGGUGUUUGUUGGCUAACCAGCCUUUCAGUUCCACGCGUUCCCGUGUGGCGUUCCCGUGUGGCAUUGCUCUGCAUUUACAGAUGACCUGCAUGCGUUCCACAGCGGCCUCACGUUGCGUCGGUGAUGUGUGUGAUUAGCACUACAUUUACAGGAGUAAUAUAUGGGUGUUCAGUACGGACGGACGACAGUGAUUUGUGUCUCCGGUCAUACAGGUUUUGGUUGAUACGGUUUGAUGGUCUCCCGACCAGGAUUAGUAGUCGUUUUGGAUUCAUCAAUGCACUGAUGCUCUCUCUACUCUGCCAUGCAAUGUGAAGCUACAUCUUACUUCAUAGUUUUUCUUCUCAUCAGUUCUGAUCAAGAGCCGUAAAUGUAGGUUACUGAUUUAGCUUUGUUUGUGACACUGCCAAUAUAUGCUUGAAAGUAAUUUUCUUUAACUAUUUAUAGUUAUUUCAAUCGGCAUACAUGUUACGUAAUUUGAAAGAUAAUUAUUUUUGCAAAACUGAAACUUUUGAACUUCCUGAUUUUCCUGGGGGUUUAAUCUGCCUAAUGACAGUUAUUGGUCUGAAUUUUCAGAGACCAAAAAUUGGAGUGUCUUGUUUAAAGCACUUGUGGGUUGGUUCCUGUCCUAAUCACAGUAGUAUUUUGUUUUUUUCCUAAUUUGUUUUCAUAUUGUAUUUGUACAUUUUGUUUCAAAGUUUUAUAAUAAACAUGUUAAACAUA